AUAUUUAUUUAUUGCUAACGCCUAAUUAUCGUCACGGGGAGUAUCGCUCUUUUUGUCAAAAAAAGGGGUAUCUCCUCUCGCUCCAAAUUAGAAGCAGAAAGUGAAUCUCGAGCUUGUCUGACCCUUGUCUUUCUUUCUAUUUAUUCCCCAAAUUGAAAUGAGUUCAUUAUUUUCCCAACGCUUUGGCAGCCGGUCUUCUCCCCUCUUCUCUUCACUGUAGACAAAUCUAAGGAAUCUGUGCUAAAUGAGUGAAAGCCAGGACGCCCCUAGCUCAAUUAGGGUUGUUUCGGAAGCUGAGAGUGAUGCACCUGGAAAUGAAUCCGAACCCGAUGAUACCCAGGUGAAUGAGUCGAUGUCGACUGGAAGCAAGAAAAGAAACCGGGAAGCCGAUAAUUCAGUGGCACAAAAAGGAAAAGCCCCCAAGAAACAGACAUCGGGAAAUGAAGCUUCAACUUCCCGACAACAACCAAAACAGAAAGAGACGAAAGAUGACGGAAACAGAGAGAAGAAUAUCCACUGUAAAAUUGAUAGACGGAAAAAGACGGACAAAAUGACAGAUAUGGAAGUUCUGUUAUGGAAGAACCUGGUAGCCUUUCCUGACUCGUUACAAAUUCCUGCCUCCUUCAAUCAAAUCAGAAAGGAGUGGCCAAUGCGUCCUGAUCUUCAAAAAAUUUUCCAAAAGAUGCAGGACAUCAAGGCCAAAUCCAAUAAUGAUGUGACAUUGGAUGGAGUAAAUCAGGAGUUAGAUGCAUUAGGGAAACAACGAAAGGAACAAGAAAGGGGCCUUGAUGCAGUCUUGGACACCAGCAUAGCGACUAGGACUCAAAUAGAACAGUGUUCUGAAUACAUGUCAUGGCUUCUUCCUCAAGUUCAAGUUCAAGAUCAAGUUGAAGAUCAAGAUCAAGUUCAAGUUCAAGUUCAAGUUCAAGUUCAAGAUCAAGUUGAAGAUCAAGAUCAAGUUCAAGAUCAAGAUCAAGUUCAAGAUCAAGUAGAAUAUCAAGUUCAAGAUCAAGAUCAAGAUCAAGUUCAAGUUCAAGUUCAAGAUCAAGUUCAAGUUCAAGAUCAAGUUCAAGUUCAAGAUCAAGUUCAAGUUCAAGUUCAAGAUCAAGUUCAAGAAAAUUUGUUCACUCCUGAAGGAAUGCAAUUGUGGAGUUCGGAAAACCAACUUUAUGACGAAGACAACAUUAGUUUGUCAACUAAAAAAGGAAUACGGUUUUUAGUGUCGAGUUUGGAAGAUCAACUUUAUGACAAUAAUAAUAAUGAAGUGUUGUUCGAAGAUUUCGAAGGGCUAGCAGAGGCAUUGGAGAAAACUAGCGGCUUGGCUCCUCUUCCAGACGAGCUCAAACCUUUUGCAGCCCAAGUCAAAGAUGCUUGUGGGGAAGAUACUGGGAUUAACCAUAUGUUAAUCGAAGUUAUCGUCUGCGCUGCAAUCAAGGAGAUGAAAUGUUUGCCAUCCGAGUCUGUGAACUGGAAUAUGUUGAAAAAAUGGGGAGCGACACUCAGUUAUGCUAAGGAAAAUGGUUUUCAAGUGAGCUUUGCUGAUUUGUUACUCAAGAAGAAUUUGAAAUCAUACGUUCUUGAAAGUUUGUUAACUAAUGAAGAAUUUCCGUCUAAUUUGCGGAGUGUGGGUAGGUUGUUAACUAAUGAAGAAAUACAGUCUUUAGGGACUUGGUUGACGAGUUUGGAAGACCAAAUUUAUGACGGAAACAACAAUGAAGUGUCCUUCAAAGAUUUCGAAUGGUUAGAAGAGGAAUUGGUGAAAACUAAGGGCUCGGCUCCUCUUCCAGACAAGCUCAAAUCUAUUGCAGCCCAAAUCAAAGGGGCUCAUGGGAAAGAUACUGGGAUUAACCAUCUGUCAAUUGAAGUUAUUGUCUGCGCUGCAAUCAAUGACAUGGAACGUUUGCCAUCCGAGUCUAUGAACUGGGAUAUGUUGAAAAAAUGGGGAGCGAUACUCAAUUAUGCUAAGCAAAAUGGUUUUCAAGUGAGCUUUGCUGAUGUGUCCCUGAAGAGGAAUUUGAAAUCCUACGUUCUUGAUAAUUACGCUUGGCCGAGGGAUUUAUAUUUUUGAAUUAUUUUGGAUUGGAUCAAUCUCUGGAUCUAGUCAUUUCAUGUUCGUGUUGUUCUAAGUUUAGAUCAUCUUAAGUUAAGAGUUAAGGUCAAUUUGAGUUUAGCCAGUUUAGGUUUAAUUAUAGAUGAGGUUCAGACUCCAGGAUUUCUAUAUUUACCCUCUCUACCAGAAACUGUGGUUUUUGGUAUGGAAUUGUGGUGUAGUUUGUUGUGUAAUUUGUAUUGUGUACGUGUGUAUUUGUUAAUGUUAUAUAAUCGUCUUGUUUGUA